AUGCUUGACUUUGACUUCCACCUCACAACACCUCGUCUCUUCAUAUCCCACCUUAACCCUGAGGACGAUGCUCAUUGCGAUUUCGCAUACGAGCUAGUGUUUAGCCCAGGUCCCGCUGAGCAGAAGCCCGCAGUCGAUGCGGAAAAGACAGAGAUCACACCCCCUCGCGAUGUUGGGAAGAACUUCAUCGCGAAGGAUAUUGAGAGGAUGGAGCAAACAGGCUAUGGUCGCUACCUGGUCUCGCUCAGACAAAACUCAGCUUUGAACUUCAAUUCACCGCAUGAAGACGAAGACGUCCCUUUCUCGAAGAGACGACUAACGCCAAUUGGCAUCGUGUCAAUGCAACUCGCGCGCUUCCCGUCCGAACCGUCCGCACCAACAAUCCCAGAUGUCGGGUUCACAUUUCUACCCCGGUACCUUGGAAAUGGAGGUUGGGGUUCGAGGAGAGAGGUCUAA